AUGGACACUGAGAGAUCACCGGGUCGAUUCAUGCUACCACCUGCACCUUCGCUACAGAACCUGAUCCCGGCUUCUGGAGUAAAUGACGCUAUGUCCCCCGCCUCCUACAGCUUCGAGAUUGGCAGUACCGGUUUCAGUCCCAACUUGCAGGAAGCGGCAAUCUUUCUUGGUGACAAAUGCAGGCCUGAGCACCAGAAUUCCCGUGUGAGGCGAAGCUCAAUGGGGUUGACGGGAAGCAGAAACGGCGGCAGUGCCAAGGCCAGAAGAACCAAGGAUGAACUGGAUGAUAUCCCUUCCAUACUGAGUCGAGGCUCGAUCAUUUCAACGAAGUCCCGUCAACAUGUGGACAACUCCAAUGAGCACUCUGGUUCUGGACACGCGGCACAUGUCUCAUCACGGAACUCGCCAGUCCCCAGUACGAAUAUUGGCGGCCAGUAUCAUGGGCCUUCUUCUCCAAUUACCUUCCUGGAAAGAGCCUGGAAACGCAUCCGGGAGAACCACGCCUCAAGCAUAUCAAAGACUCUGGAAAAGGAGAUGUCAGCUGAGGAGCCUCUUUUGGUGACCGACGGCAAUGAAAUGCGCCUCGCAGAUGAGCGUUUCCGCAUGCCGUCAAAGUCUCAGGCCUAUAACCUAGUCGAGAGAUAUUUUGAAAUCGCCACGCCUUUCUUCCGGUUCCUCCACAAGGGUGCAGUCACGAACCUGGUCAAUAUGCUGUAUCAACAGCCAAGUGAGCCACAUACUGCUCACAGCACUAUAUCUCAAAGCCAAGUCACGCUCUUGUUAAUGAUUUUUGCGGUGGCUGCCUCCGAUUGUGGCGCAGACGGCGUUUUCGGAGACUACAGACAAAGUGAAUUGCUCCUCGAGGCUGCGCAAAGACGCUUGCAGCGAGAACGUGGUGCACCAACUCUGGACUCGGUCCAGGCGAGGCUUGUCGAAUGUCUGCACCUCUUAUCCAGUCGACAUGCAAACGAAGUCUACUCGAAAUUCGGGGCCACGGUCGCAUUAAUCAUCACCCUGGGCCUUCAUCGCCGUAAGCGGCCAGGAGGCUACAGAUCGGAAAUCGGAGCCAUCGAACAUGAGUGUCGCAAGCGAGCAUUUUGGGUCGCCUAUGUUCUAGAUCGGUAUCUCAGCGUUAUGGGUGGCCGUCCACGGACUCUCCAAGAUUUUGAUGCUGAUCAGGACUUUCCAGCAAGAGUACAUGAUGAUGAGUUGACGUUUGAAGGCAUUGAGCCCAGGGGAGGUCAUUUUGACUGUGACAUGGACGCACCCAUCAUGCAUAUCAAGCUUGCCCGGAUCAGUGCCCAAAGCUCUGCUCAAGUAUACCCUCUGCGGCGAAUAGGUCAAGACGAAAGACUCUCACAAGCCCAAAGUAUAUCUGCAGACCUGGCAGCAUGGAAAGGGGAGCUGCCGCCAUUCCUCGGUAUGAUUCCUGCCUCGAGUCUGAUCCCCAAGUUUCAACGACAGUCAGUUACUCUUUUCCUGGCACACGCCCACGCCGCUAUUCACGCCAACAGGCCAUUUCUUUUGAACAAUUUUGCAACCGCCUCGAACCCACCUCAUUUGACGCAACAAGCCGUCCGCUAUAUUCACGACUGCGUUGCCGCUGCUCGCAGCGUGGUGGAUGUUCUGAAAAGUUUCGAUGGUAAUGGCAUUGCUUUCCAUUCCUGGUGGUUCACACAGUAUAUCUCGUUCUGUGCCGUGGCAGUCGUCUACAUCUACACGAUACAACAGCACCAGAAGUUAGUCUCCACCCCAGCAGCCUUUGCUUCGGACGAGACAGGUAUUCAGUCAUCGUUUCUCGCUUCUGGCAAGGAGAGAGACUGGUUCGCCAUGGCAGAGAGCUGUCAGCAGAGGCUCGCAGCGGCUGCUAGGGAGAACUCACCAGGGACAAGGUAUGCCAUUGUUUUGGAGGAGCUGCGGCAAGAAACGUGCCGCCGUCUGUCGACGCAUGGAUCAGCUUAUGGUGACGACGCCCACAGUGUCUCACGGGGGGUCGAACAAAUCCCUUUGCAGGACGGAAUACAAGAUAGCUGGACUGAAGAAACGACCACAGAUUUUGCACAUAUUUUCGAUGAUCUGGGCGCAGUAGAUUGGAUUGCGCACUUACAUCACUUGGUAGGCCCACCUUCGGCUCUGAUAUCCAGCUUCAUUUAA